AUGGCGGUGCCAUCACGGAUGUCGAGCGCGGUUGCGGCCAUCUCCAAGUCGUCUUCUGCGUCGCACCCCACCUCUUGCCUCCCCAACACCUCUCUCACAUCCCCCAUCGCGCCCAACACCACCACCACCACCACCGCCACCGCCGCCACCGCGUCAACCCACCCACCCAUUACCGUACCGGGCGCCACGGUCGUCGGCCGAAAACUCCCCUCCAAACUCGCCGCCUAUGCGCCUACCCUCGCCCGCCUGUCGGCGCGCACCGGCGUCCCCCUCCCCUCCCUCCUCGCCUCGUUCUUGGUCCUCCACGAACUGACUGCCCUCGUCCCUCUCGUCCUCCUCUUCUAUUUGUUUUCCGCCCUUGGAGCAGGCGCAUCGUUCCUCAAUUACCUGCACGACAUGGCCAAGAAGACUACGGGCGAAGAUGUCGCCGGUCCAUGGGCUAGUAUGGCCCACGUUGCUCGGGAAUGGUACGAUGAAGGCUCGGCGAGGGUUGAGCGCGUCGGGAGGCGGUAUGGCUUGUUUGGCUUUGAGAAGGGGAGUGAGGUUGCUGGACUUGGGCGGGAGGCGGCUGGGACCGUUGCCGAUGCCGUGGCUGCUUAUGUUGUCGUCAAGGCCCUCAUGCCCCUCCGUGUUGCUGUGAGCGUUGGCGCUGCGCCUGGGUUUGCGCGUAUCGUCUUCCGGCCCAUGCAGCGCCUCGUUGCGCGGUUGCGCACGCCGCGGAUGCGUGCUGCGCGCGUCAAGGCCGUAGAGAAGUAG